AUGGGGCCGACCGAUUUGGAUGUAGAAAAGGUCUUUGCUGGCCGUGAACCUGCUCAAGAUGACGGAAACAUCAAUUCAUUCCAUACGGUAGAUCCUGUGCCUGACAAGGAGCCGGAGCCAGAAUUCGAUACAGGAUUGAAGACAUGGCUGCAAGUAUUGGGAUCAUUCUUCCUCUUUUUUAAUUCAUGGGGUAUUAUCAACACUUGGGGUGCAUAUCAAACCUACUAUGAGCAAGAAUUACUUGUCGGUACUUCGUCAUCCACCAUUGCCUGGAUUGGAUCGUUACAGUCUUUCCUUUUAAUGAUGGUUGGAGUUAUCACCGGUCCAUUGUUCGACGCAGGCCACUUCCGAGGCCUCAUCACGUUCGCCGCAUUUUUGCUUCCAUUUGGCUUGAUGAUGACCAGUCUUGCCACCAACUAUUGGCAACUGAUCCUUUCCCAAGGUGUGUGCAUCGGACUGGCAGCAGGCUGCCUCUUCGUGCCAUCUGUGGCCAUUCUACCGCAAUACUUCCGCGCUAAGAGAGGUCUGGCAAACGGCUUGGCUGCUAGCGGUAGCAGUAUUGGUGGUGUGGUCUACCCAAUCAUGUUUGAUCAAUUGCAGAAAAAGGUUGGCUUUGCUUGGGCUACUCGUGCUCUUGGCUUUGUCUGCUUCGGCACCAUUUGUAUAUCAGUCAGCAUUAUGCGCCAGCGAUUCCAGCCCCAGGAGAAGCGCAAGCUUUACCAAUUGUCUGCCUUGAAGGAACCAGCCUUCACUGUUUUCGCCAUUGCCAUGUUUAUAGGCUUCUUGGGCUUCUACAACUUCCUUUUCUACGUGCAGUCAUAUGCCAUCGAGACCGGUAUUGUGGAUUCAAACCUGGGUUUCUACCUACUGUCCAUGUUAAACGCUGCUUCAACAUUCGGUCGUAUCGCUCCCAACUUCCUUGCCGACCACGUAGGCCCUCUAAACAUGCUUGCUCCCGCGGUGACCAUCACUGCCAUUUUGGCCUUUGUGUGGAUCCGGGUUCACACCGUCCCCGGAAUCAUCAUCUUGGCUGUCUUCUACGGAUUCUUUUCUGGUGGGUUUGUGUCUCUGCCCCCAGUUGUGAUGGCAAGCAUGACUCCCGAUGUGCGCAAUUUGGGUACACGCAUGGGUAUGGUCUUCGCUAUCACUUCUAUUGGCCUGCUAAUUGGCACUCCCAUCGGCGGUGCAAUCUUGACCAGAACAAACCAGUAUAUUGGAGUGCAGCUUUUUACCGGUUGUUGUAUCAUCACGUCUGCUGUUCUCAUGACAUGCGUGCGGUUCUUGCGCACAGGUCCCAAGUUUCACGUCAAGGCUUAA